AUGUCUGCUCCAGAAGGUCAACAACAAGAACAAAGAAGAGGUGGUUUCGGUGGUAGAAACAGAGGUAGAGGUGGCAGAAGAGGUGGUGGUAGAAACACCGAAGAAAAAGGUUGGGUUCCAGUCACCAAGUUAGGUAGAUUAGUUAGAGCCGGUAAGAUCACCUCCAUCGAAGAAAUUUUCUUGCACUCUUUGCCAGUCAAGGAAUUCCAAAUCAUUGACACUUUGUUGCCAGACUUGAAAGAUGAUGUUAUGAACAUCAAGCCAGUUCAAAAACAAACCAGAGCUGGUCAAAGAACCAGAUUUAAGGCUGUUGUUAUUGUUGGUGAUGGUAACGGUCAUGUUGGUUUGGGUAUCAAAACCGCCAAGGAAGUUGCUUCCGCUAUCAGAGCCGGUAUUAUCAUUGCUAAAUUAUCUAUCAUUCCUAUCAGAAGAGGUUACUGGGGUUCCAACUUGGGUGAACCUCACUCUUUGGCUACCAAGACUUCUGGUAAAUGUGGUUCUGUUACCGUCAGAUUGAUUCCAGCUCCAAGAGGUUCUGGUAUUGUUGCUUCUCCAGCUGUUAAAAGAUUAAUGCAAUUGGCUGGUGUCGAAGAUGUUUACACUUCUUCUACUGGUUCCACCAGAACUUUGGAAAACACCUUGAAAGCUGCUUUUGUUGCUAUUGGUAACACUUACGGUUUCUUGACUCCAAACUUGUGGGCUCAACAUGCUUUGGUUCCAUCUCCAUUAGAUGUUUAUGCUGAUGAAGCCUCUGCUGCUUACAAAAAGAAAUACUAA